UACUACAAGUGAACAAUGGUGACAGUCACGACAGAGGAGAACGUGCGCAUCGACCCCAGCAGCCUGUCCUUCAGCAUGUGGAAGGAGAUCCCCAUCCCCUUCUACUUCUCCGCCUACUUCUUCGACAUCGUCAACCCCAACGAGAUCCUCCAGGGCGAGAAGCCGCAGGUGCGGCAGCGCGGGCCCUACGUGUACCGAGGAGGAAAAUCGAAGGCCAGAGCAGUUAACCGACUUACCCCAGGUCACUCAGCAAGCUGCAUCCUUGCCCUGCAGGGUGCAUCGGUGAUGAUGGAGGAUAAGCCCAUGAGCCUGAAGCUGAUCAUGACCUUGCUUUUCACCACCUUUAAUGAGCGUGCUUUCAUGAACCGCACCGUGGGCGAGAUCAUGUGGGGCUACGAGGACCCCCUCAUGCAGCUCAUCAACAAGUACUUCCCAAACAUGUUCCCUUUCAAGGGCAAGUUCGGGCUGUUUGCCGAGUUCAACAACUCCGAUUCCGGGCUCUUCACCGUGUUCACGGGAAUCAAAAACUUCAGCCGGAUUCACCUCGUGGACAAGUGGAACGGGGUCAGCAAGGUCAACUACUGGCAUUCGGAUCAGUGCAACAUGAUUAAUGGAACUUCCGGGCAGAUGUGGGCGCCAUUUAUGACUCCCGAAUCCUCGCUGGAAUUCUACAGCCCCGAGGCCUGCCGGUCCAUGAAGCUCAUAUACGAGGAAGAGGGGACGUUUGAAGGCAUCCCCACCUAUCGCUUCAAGGCCCCCAACACCUUGUUUGCCAACGGGACCGUCUACCCUCCCAACGAGGGCUUCUGCCCAUGCCUGGAGUCCGGGAUCCAGAACGUCAGCACCUGCAGGUUCAAUGCACCCUUGUUUCUCUCCCAUCCUCACUUCUACAAUGCCGACCCCGUCCUGGCAGAGGCAGUGCUCGGCCUCAACCCCAACGAGAAAGACCAUUCGCUGUUCCUGGACAUCCACCCGGUCACGGGCAUCCCCAUGAACUGCUCUGUGAAGCUGCAGCUAAGCCUGUACGUCAAGGCCAUCAGGGGCAUCGGACAAACGGGGCAGAUCAAGCCGGUGGUCCUGCCGCUGCUGUGGUUCGAGGAGAGAGGGGCCAUGGAGGGUCAGACCCUUGAGACGUUCUACACCCAGCUGGUGCUGAUGCCCAAGGUGCUGCACUACGCCCAGUAUGUCCUCCUCGCCGUGGGCUGUGUCCUGCUGCUCAUCCCCAUCAUCUACCAAAUCCGGAGCCAGGAGAGAUGCUAUUUAUUUUGGAGUAGUAGUAAAAAGGGCUCAAAGGAUAAGGAGGCCAUGCAGGCCUAUUCUGAAUCCCUGAUGACAUCAGCUCCCAAGGGGACUGUUCUGCAAGAAGCAAGACUAUAGAGUCCUGAAGGUGCCGAGAGCCAGCCUAUCCCAGCCACUCAGCCACCCUGGCUCCCCAGCCCCUACACCCCUCUCCUUCAGGGCCCUCAGCAAUAGCCCGCCAGUCCCUAAGCCUGAGCCUCCCAGUUGCACGUGCGUGUCCACGCCCUGCACACGCCCCCGACACGUGUAUGCACGUGCGUGCACAGGUGUGUGCGGACACACUCAGGGAUAGAGCUGCUGCCGAGGGGACUCAGUGAGAGGCUCACAACAGGGACUGUUCUGGAACCUUCUCUCUAAGUCACCCGCAGGAGCUGUGGGCACUGGGUCCUCUCCCUUGGGUGAGCCCAGUCACCUAGUGGGCCACUUCUCCCCCAUUGCCUCUACAUCAGUCUUAAAACACUGCGGCCCCACUUGGUGGCUCCGCCAGCAGGACGGGGCUUUUGCUCCGAGGGGUCGGCCACUCUCACGACACCCAGCCCGGGAGUGCAGACUUUGUGCCAAAGCCAGGCGGCAGGGGGCUGUGGGCUCAGUGCCCAGCCUGGACCCAGAGCUGGGCUGAGGACAUAGCCCCUUCACACAAGCCUCAGAAACCAGCGUGAGUGACAGAUGCUCAUGCUCCUGUUCCGUUCCCCGUACCCCCAUAGGACUUUGAUCUCCCUGAAGUCUGCACAGGCACUGGAUCUGGGUGUGGGGGGGCCCCUUUCCUCCAGCGAAACUGACAUCCUGUGCGCUGGGCCGGCUGCUCCCCAGCUGGGGUGAUGGGAGGCUCCACCCUGAGCUCCCCGCCAUGAGGCCCUCAUCUUUCAGGUGCCAGGGCAGAGGUGGAGGGCCCUGGGCCCCGUCCGCCUGGCUGCCUGGUCGGGUGGGCGACCCGUCUACCUGCCACUUCCGGUCUCUGGGGCAAGCCUCUGUCUCUUUUCUACUGGAAGUGAAUUGAGUUUUAUCGUCUUUUAAAAAUAAUUCACCAUUGAAGUAAUAAACUUUUCACAAACCUGAA